CCCAAUAAGGUUAGAGUCCAAUCAGGUUAAAAGUCCCACACAUUUCUCAGGGUAAAAUGGUCAAUUAGACAUGUAUCGGGUUUAGGGUUUGCACUUGCAGCGUUCCGGUUUCACUCCACACUUCGCCUAACCAUUUGUGAACGAAGAAGAACAAAGGAACAAGUUUUUCCAGUAAAGGCGCAGCAGCAACCAUGGCCAGCACGAAAGUCCAGAGGAUUAUGACCCAACCCAUUAACCUGAUUUUCAGGUUUCUCCAAAGCAAAGCACGCAUUCAGAUUUGGCUGUUUGAGCAGAAAGAUCUGAGAAUCGAAGGCCGAAUCAUUGGAUUUGAUGAGUACAUGAAUUUGGUUUUGGAUGAUGCUGAAGAAGUCAGUGUAAAGAAGAAGACCAGGAAGUCACUGGGGAGGAUACUCUUGAAGGGAGACAAUAUUACUCUGAUGAUGAAUACGGGAAAAUGAUAAUUGAGUUGAUUGAUGGUGGCUUGUGAUUUUACGAAGUUGCUCUUUCUUCCUUUGUGGUCAAUCUUCUUCCUCGAAUUCACUCUAGGCAAUCAAUCAAGCAGAAUAUUGUAUUUCACUGCUAAGCUUUCAGUACACCGUCUGCUGUAACAAUGAAUCUGGAGACUGACUAUCGAUGUACUGCUAUUUUUAUGAUAUUCUGUUUGCAAAAUUUAUCCCCAUUUUAUAAUUACAGAAGACCCUUUUCCAUGGUUUCCCCAAACUUAAGAUUUCACUGGUUAUUCCAAUGGGAAAAUGAUUACUCUUCA